AGAGUUUCUAACUUGUCACUAACCAACCUUCAAAUUUCAUGUUUUUUUAUGUUCUUCAAUGCUCAUACUCUGUAGCCCCUGCAUAUGCAUUUGCUCAUUGUGAUUGAAUGUAAAAGAUGGAUGGUGGCUACAACUCUUCUUCAGCGUCCUUAACAUCAACAACGACCUUGAGCUCUUCGAUGGAGCACGUAAUGAGACCCAAGUCGCCACUGCCAGGGCUUGUGGAUUUUCAUGGGAAGCGGAAGCAAUUGGUUAAGAUUCAGGUUUUGGAGAGAGAGAUAGGUUUGCUUCAGGAGGAGUUAAAAUCACUUGAAGGCCUUCAGCCUGCUUCCAAAUGCUGCAAAGAGGUUGAUGCCUUUGUAGGCUCAGUUUCAGAUCCCUUAACACCCACAAGGAAACAGACAAACACUGAAUUCCAGCGCUUCAGUAAGCAGAUCAGGCUUGGAUGGGUGUGCUGCUCCAGCAGUUGCCUGCUUCACAAGAAAAUGGGAAAAGGUGGUUGUGGGUGCAGCUGCAGUUCAUCAAAUUCCAAAUGUUGUGGUGGCUGCAAGUGUUUGAAGACUGCAUCUACCUGUGCCCAAAAUUGCUGCUAA